AAUGGAAAAAGAUUUGCAAAUCUGUGUGCAUUCAAUAAAUUGGUCAUAGGAGGCACAAUAUUUCCACACAAACGUAUACACAAAGCUACAUGGAUCUCACCGGACCACACUACAGAGAACCAGAUAGAUCAUAUCUGCAUCAACAAAAAUUCCGAAGGACAAUGGAAGAUGUGAGAACCAGGAGAGGAGUUGACAUAGAUUCACAUCACCACCUAGUUGUGGCCAAUUUAAAACUGAAGCUAAAGAAAAACUGGACAACUGGACAAACAGCACUACAAAGGUUCAAUAUAGCCUUCCUUCGAGAUACUGACAAACUCAACGAAUUCAAGAUAGCUCUCAACAACAGGUUCCAAGCCUUACAGGAUCUACUGAAGGAAGAAGAAACUACUAUGGAGGACAACUGAAAAAGUAUCAAAGAAGCAUUAACUUCAACGUGUCAAGAGGUUCUGGGUCACAAGAAGCACCAUCAUAAGGAAUGGAUCUCUAUAGAAACACUGGACAAGAUCAAAGAAAGGAAGAACAAGAAGACAGCAAUUAACAACAGCCGAACACGAGCAGAGAAAGUCCGAGCACAUGCUGAAUACAUAGAAGCAAACAAGCAAGUGAAGAAGUACGUGGAAGAACUAGCAACGACAGCGGAAAAAGCUGCAAGAGGAAAUAUGA